AGGGUGUACCUGAUUUGUCAGGGGCCACGGGGAAGCCUGCCUCUCCUCCGGCAGCCCAUAAUAGCCAGCGGAGCUCUGGGGGAGCUGUGUAGAGAGGCUGUGAGGGCAGGGGAGGGGGCACAGCCAUGCACCUCAUCCUGGACCUUCUCCUGCUGGUGUGCAUCAUUGUCUACUCCUACCUGGAGUCUCUGGUGAAGCUGUUCAUUCCCCGGAGGAGGAAGUCUGUGGCCGGCCAGGUCGUCCUCAUCACCGGGGCUGGGCACGGGAUAGGCAGGCUCACUGCUCAGGAGUUUGCCAAGCGGAAGAGCAGGCUGGUCCUGUGGGACAUCAACAAGCACGGUGUUGAAGAAACUGCGGCCCAAUGCAGGAAGCUGGGGGCCACUGUGCACGCGUUUGUGGUGGACUGCAGCAACCGGGCAGAGAUUUACAACUCUGUGGACCAGGUGAAGAAGGAAGUGGGUGACGUGGACAUUGUGGUAAACAACGCCGGGGCCGUAUACCCAGCUGACCUUCUCAGCAUCAAGGAUGAAGAGAUUAUCAGAACCUUUGAGGUCAACAUCCUAGGACACUUUUGGAUCGUAAAAGCCCUUCUUCCGUCGAUGCUAAGAAGAAACUCGGGCCACAUUGUCACUGUGGCUUCCGUGUGUGGCCACGGAGUGAUUCCUUAUCUCAUCUCGUACUGCUCCAGCAAGUUCGCUGCUGUGGGCUUCCACAGAGCGCUGACGGCAGAGCUUGACACCUUGGGGAAGACGGGCAUCCGGACCUCAUGCCUCUGCCCCGUGUUUGUGAAUACUGGCUUCACCAAGAACCCAAGCACGAGGCUAUGGCCUGUGUUAGAGACGGAUGAAGUCGCGAGGAGUCUGAUAGAUGGAAUACUUACCAACAAGAAAAUGAUCUUCGUCCCAUCCUACAUUGGCAUCUCUCUGAUACUGGAAAAGUUUCUUCCUGAACGGGCCUUAAAAGCUAUAAGUCGUAUACAGAAUAUCCGAUUUGAAGCGACUGUGGGCCACAAAAGCAAAAUGAAGUAAAGCAUGCAGAGAUGCGUGCGCACCAGUGCCGUGAACCCAGGCUUAGCGUCGACACUUCAAAGCUUUCUCCCACGUGUCUUAAGUGCUGUGAAUGUUUUAAGUGUAGGUCUGGCACUAGCAGCCAGUGAAUAAAUAAGACUAAUUAGCUGUCCCCCUGGUUUUCUGUGCCCAUAGAUCUCUCAGCCAGUUGUAUUUGGUUAUUUGGCAAUGGGAAUGCACUAAGAUAAUGUCUAUUAAACAAAGAAAUGAAAGAUAA